UCAAGGCUGUAGUGCGCGCUAGUGCCUAGUGGAUCAUGUGCCGUUGGAAUUGUUGUGUUGCUUGACACAUAUUGCCGACCAGUCAACACAUAGCCAGGAGGACGAUGGGCACGCAGCUCAGCAGUGCCCCCACCAUCGCCCUGUUCGGCUGCCUCCUUACUAUCACGGCUGGUAUUGCAGAGACGGGCAACAGUGACAUAUGGCCGCUAGAGAGGCCAGAGGGCAUGCCUGCCAUACAGUCACUGGAGGUGAUGUGUGGUAAGGAUCAUAUGGACGUCCAUCUCUCCUUCACACAACCCUUCGAAGGCAUCGUCUCGUCCAAGGGGCAGUACGGAGACCCGAGAUGUGUCUAUGUUCCUCCGUCUACCGGCAAGACCUUCUUCUCGUUCCGCAUCGCGUACGCAAGAUGUGGCACCAAGCCGGACCUGAACGGGCAAUUCUACGAGAACACAGUCGUGGUCCAGUACGACAAGGAUCUGCUAGAAGUGUGGGAUGAAGCUAAGAGAUUGCGGUGUGAGUGGUACAACGACUACGAGAAGACGGCUUCUAAGCCUCCCAUGGUGAUAGCGGACCUGGAUGUCAUACAGUUGGACUUCAGAGGAGACAAUGUGGACUGUUGGAUGGAGAUCCAGCAUGGUAAAGGCCCCUGGGCUCCUCCUGUUAGUGGGAUCGUGCCUCUGGGAUCCACCCUCACCCUUGUAGUGGCCAUCAAUGAUUAUCGGGGAGAGUUUGACAUGAGGGUGAAGUCCUGCGCAGCUUCAGACGGAGGCGGCCACAUCAUCCAGCUGAGCGACGAACACGGCUGUGUCCUGCGACCAAAGAUGAUCAGCAGAUUCUUGAAAGCAAGAAUAGCGGACGAACGUGCAUCAGUCAUAACAUAUGCUUUCUUCCAUGCCUUCAAGUUUCCAGACGCCCUCAGCGUUCACAUUAAAUGCAAAGUGGAGAUCUGCAGACACGGAUGCCUCGACCAUUGUCAAAUAGGGGAUGAAAGCUACGGAGAGAGUGUUCCUCAGGAGACCUACAGACCGUUGGAGAGAAGAGACCCGAUGCAACAGAAGCCGACACCUCCGGAGAAGUCGGAAGUCCCUCAAGAUACCUUUGGCGACCUUAUAUACGAUGACAUUUCCAACAUCGGGGACGAUCUGAUCAAUAAGCCAAAGCCGCAAAUGAACGUCAACCACCCGGAGGCUCAGCAUCAAACUGCAGGCAAGAACCCUGCACCCAUCAGGGAAAUUGUGGACGACAUUCCUCGGCCUUUCCAUGAGCCCCAGAUCAGACCAGCCGGUGGACAUGAGAGGUUUCCUCAUGGUCCCAGGAACCUAGACACUGAUUCAGAGCCUAUCAUAGGUACACUGACAGUGUCACAACGGCGGCGGCGCUCCGUGGUGGUGUCUGACCGCAAGGUGCGCAGUGCAGACGUGGGUGUGAGCGGACUGUACGAGGUCAUCUCCGAGGCAGACUUGGCGUUCACCCCGGACUCCAAGGCGGAGGCUGUCACAGUGUUCCAAGGCAGAAUCAGAGAGGAGGUUGUGUACGGGAUAUGUCUCCCAGUGCCGGGGUUCAGUGUCUUGUUCUUCCUGGUGGCAGUCUCAUCUGUCGUGUCAGCACUCGUGGCUGGCUCCCUGCUGUACCGCUACCGAGUGCAACGUGAAACACAGCAGCUGGCCGCGCAACAACAACGAGCGCGACAACCCGACAACACCGUCGUACUCAACUCCCUCACUGGCUGGAUGGCCCUGAGACUGCUACGAGCCCGUGCGCAACCGACACCGCAACAGACUUGCGGAUAGACAGCUCAGUGACAAAUGCUCAGUUCAAGUAAUGUGUAUUGUGCCAAAGAGGUUAAUUAGUUUACUGUAUAAAUAUUUGACAGUUGAUGAAACUAGUUUUAAGACGUCUGUUAUUACGUUUUUGUUAUUGUUAUGUUGUUGUGUUGUAACAAAGACAGCUCAAUUAAUUUAUGUUUUACGUCAUUUAAAUGUUGGUGCUCUUAUAAAGCUUUUAGGGUAGUUUUUGUUAAGUUUUGAAUCUUAGCCUAGUUAGGUAGGUUUGAAACGGUCUUUAGACUGCCGUAAAAUUAAUCAAAUUUAGUGUAGGUCUAGAAAAGAUGGAAAAUAGAUUCACGCUUCCUGCAAGUUAUGUAAGUUUUUAAUGUAAAAAAUUCUGAGUUAAGUAUAAACAACAUUCACAAAGCCAUAAGAACACUUCAUAUGGAUGUUACAGUACACUCCUGAUUAUCGGAGCCCCUGAUUAUCCUAGGUAAUUUUUGGCCCAAAUAUAUAUUUCAAUUUCCAGUAGGAAAACAACAAUUACUUUAUUAUAGUAUGUUUCUAUUCAAGGAAACCUAAAAAAGCAAUUAAUUUGCGAUUUAUUGAAACAAAUACAGUACAUGGAAUAACCAUUAAGUAUUAUUUUAACGUUAGAAUGAACCGCAAUAACCUUAAGAAUAAAAAUUACUGUAUAUAGUACAGUACUAGGUUGGCCGGCUACCUACGGAAAACUAAACUGGACGACUGCAGAACAUAAACAAUAGCAGUGUCAGUCUUCUUCAUUGUAUGAUGUGUUUGAUGUGGACAUUAUUGUGUCAAGUUAUAGAUCAGGUGAAACUACAACGAAAUGUAAUUUUAUGCUUUUUAAACUAGAAAGAUCCGUAUUAGGGUUUUGUUUUAAAUAAUGUAGUAUAGUAUAUUGGUUUAUCAUAAUUACAAUAAUACUGUGUUUAUAAGCUUUUCUAAAUAACUUCUCGAUCAGCAUUGUACGUGUUAUUAAAUUUACUUACCGUAAAGCUUUUCAAGACGAUUGAAGAAGUUGAACUUGUUUGUUGUGUUAUUUUUUUCUUUAACAAUACAGUACUAUGUUAUUUGGAAAAAAGGUUGCUUCAAAAUUACAUAUAUCAUUUUUC